GUCUCGCGGUGUUGACCCGACUAACCACGCCUUCCCCCAAGCGCAGGUCUGGUUUCCGGUUAUGUGAACAGCGUAAAAAAAAAACAUUUUCUGAAAGCCGAAUAUGAUAUAAACAAAACGUGCUUGUUUUCAUGACAGUAGUUUUUUUUAUUAAACUGAUAUCGGAAAGAACCGAAGCGAAUGCAUACCGCCAGAAUGCACCGAUGAGGAAUGCACAUCUUUGUAAGUGCUGUUGUGCAAUUUUAAGACGAUUUCCCUGUACAAAUCUGCACGCGAAAAGUCACACUUGAUUGUGAGUGGAAAGCCUUCCAUUCGGAUAAAGUAGAAAGCCGUGGGUAUCUUCCUAUGAGUGGACCUGCUCAAGGACCUUUUGUUAAAACACUAUUUUAACAUUUCAUUUGCGUGCAGCGAAACCAGCUACCCCAGUAAAAGUUGUACCAGCAGCAACAUCUGCCUGAUCCUCCUUUUGAGAAAAUCCCGUUCACGAGACUGGUCCUAAUAACAAUGGGCUCCUCGGUUAAGAAAAGGACCUCUCUCUCCCUCAGGGAGAAAGUCCGCAUCCUGGCAGCCAUCGACGCCGGCACCUUGCCCAGGAUGGGGCAGAGAGAGCUGGCCAAGCGUUUCGGGCUGUCCCAGCCGAGCCUCUGCCAGAUGCUGAAGAGCCGCGAGGCCAUCCUGCGGGACUGGGCCGCCAACCAGAACCCCGAGCGCAGACGGCGGCGGGCGGGGAAGGACGCGGAGGUGGAGGGGGCGCUGCUGCGCUGGUUCCACGAGGCCCGGCCCGCCCAGCAUCACCUCUCCGUCUCCUCCAUCAUGCAGAAAGCCGAGGCGCUGGCCGCGGAGAUGGGCAAGAAGGACUUCGUGGCCACCGACGGCUGGAUCUCUCGCUGGAAGAAGCGCAACAACAUUCGGUGCGGGAGAGGAGGGAGGUGCGGACGGGCGGUGGGGAAAGAGGAGCAGGAGCAGGAGCAGGGCUGGCCGGCACAGUCUCCUUGCUUCACCCCAACGGCUGAUCUCAACCAGACAGCGCAGGUGGCCAGCGGAGACGGAGGGGUGAAAGAGGAGCAAGCUGAGGAUGGGGCUUAUGGAGAACCCUGCCAGGGGGCCGGUGAGCUCUGCCCAGCCCCUCCUGCUUCGGGGGACGGUACCCUUGAGGGGUACCUGGAGAAGAUAUUGGUGGACCCGGAGCCCCCCACUUCAACGCAGGCUCGAUGCUGCUUGGCUGUGCUGCACAGGUUCCUGGAGUCCAAAGGGACGGGGGAUUAUGAGAACUUCCACAGCUUGCAGGCUCAGGUGCUUGGGCUGGCGGUGAAGGAGGAGAAAACUGAAGACUGAGCCAAUGCCCAAGUAGAGAAUUGAAUAAAGGAUCAUGGUUCGGUUGCCUUUUUAUCGUAGUGUUUACUCUCUGCAAAGACCCUCCUAUUGACUGAUUGGCUGCACAAGGGUAUUCGAGCAUUUUCAUUGGCUCAGGGGGCGUUUGUAAUUUCGGACUCAAUCGUGAAUGUUCAAACAUGUGAGCAGCCCUGCAAUAUUCAGUUUAUCUUGCAGUUUGAAAUGGAUCAUUUGAGGACAUUGUAGCAGGGAAGUAAUAUCAUUUAAAAUGCAUGAGGCAGGGUUAUUUGUUUUAAGUUUGUUUGGAUUAAUUGAAUAUCAUUUUAUAACAAUGUAACGGGGGUUAAAAAAAAAAAAAAACAUGUUUCUGGAUCACGGAUAUCCAACCCAAUUCAAAAGUCAUAUAGUUAUAAAUGUGUCUCUUCCCUUUAUAUGAUGUUUGAACUCAGUAUCCCCGGUCUGUCAGUUAAUUAUUUAAAACAUACUUAAAAUGCAUGAAAUACAUUUACUUGAACACAGGACUUUUUUAUUGCUUCCCUCCAUUUCGUUAACUUCAUCAACCUUCCUCCCAGCCCCUCAGAUCUAACAACUAGGCCACACUGCCUACCUCCCUCCCAGUCCCUGAGCUAUAAUCAUUAGGCCACGCUCACAGCCUGCCUACCACCCAGUUCCUGAUCUUUAACCACAAGGCCACACUGCCUCCUCCCUAGUCCCUGAGCUCUAACCACUAAGCCUCUCUGAAAAUAAAAUACAUAUGCAUUUUAAGAAAAAAAGGCUACUGUAAAUAAACAGUUGGUAAGAAAUUAAACAGUUUUGCAAAGAUAUGAACGAAUGCUGUGUCCUAACGUCACAUGGUGCGGUAUGUGUCACUCACAGGGAAUGCUAUUCCUCCAGUUGUGUGUGUGAUGUUCCACUAGUAAUGAUUUCUGCUGUGUAAAACCGUCUGUGAAUAAACUUUUUUUUUUUCUUUUGA